AUGAUCCUGAGCCAGAUCUCGUAUCUGGACUGCAUCGUGUUUUUAGUCUUUCUUGUCCCCCAGCUGCUCAUCCAAGUUGGUCUCAUCCGCACGGCGACAUGGGUGCUCGGUGCCCUGCCGUCGCUCGCCUUGCAAGUCUUUGUUCUGCCCGUCCAGUUCAUUCGAGAAAGAUACUUCACACCAUACGAGCACCGUAGCGCCUUCGUUCAGCGCGCCACCCCAUUUCAAGACUUCGUCAUUCGCUGCGUGAGAUAUGCAUUCGCGUUCAUGCCGGCUUUUCUGGGCCGAGUCUUCUUCUCCAAAGGCGUUUCUCUCCCAUUUCUAAGAUUUCGAAUGUUGCGGCACGGCAUCGUCACCUCACCUUUGCGGUGGAAUGAAAUUAACAGACCUGGCCUGAAAGGUAUCUGGAUCACGCACAACAAACAAGAGCAACCGGACAUCAUAGUCUACUACUGCCAUGGCGGAGGAUUCGCCAUGGGCUCAAGCUUCUUCUACAUGGAAUUCCUCCUCGCCUGGGUUGCCCUACUCAAAGAAGCAGGCUACCGGAACCCGGCCCUCUUCGCCUUAGAGUACACCCUAGUCCCAGACGCAGUCUACCCGACCCAGCUGCAGGAAACCCUCGCAGGCUACGAAUACGUUCUUUCCAUCGCGCGGGACCACACUCGAAUCUGUGUUAGCGGCGACUCCGCCGGCGCAACCCUCAUGCUCAGUUUCCUGCUCUACAUGACAGACCACCCAGAGCUGCGCCAUCAACGACCAGGUCUGGCUGUUAUGAUCUCGCCGUGGGUGACCAUCAUAUCGAAAAACAACCGCAACACCCAGAGUGACUACCUAAACGCUACCAGCCUGGAGCUUUACGGCCGCCAGUACAUUGGACCAAAGGUUCCCUCUGACGACCCGCUAGUAUCGCCGGGGUAUUGCAAAGACAUGAAGAAGUGGGCGGCAGCGAGUCCAGAAAAGGGGUGGUCCUUCUUGUAUGGUUCUGAAGAGGUUCUGGGGUCUGAGACUCGCGCGCUUAUUUCAUUGCUCAAGAAGGCCGGUACAACCGUGGACAGCAAUGAACAACCGGGCGGUAUACAUGCUUGGCCUGUGGCGUCGCUGUAUCUAGGCGAGACGAGGGACGCGCGAUUGCAUGGUUUGAGGGACAUUGUUCAGACGAUUCGAAGUCGGAUCUGGUAGACACAUGAUAAGUCAAAAUUUGAUGCUACCAUAAGACGACAACUGGAUGAAAAAAGCUAGUUAAAGCAGCCCUCAGCAACAGUGAAGUCAAGUUAAGGCGAGAGCGACAUCAAAGCAACUUGUAAUUCGCAUUUUCCUAGGCCCUCUGUCACAAUGGACAUCGCAUCAGACUCGACCCGUGGACAAGCGAACCUAUCCCCAAAAUAAAUCAGCAAACCUCCACCAUCCAACUCCCCUCCCCAAAUACUCAGCAGAUCAAGCUCAAAUGGCCUCCCAGAACAACCACCACUCCAUCACCCACCAAUCCACCGUCAACACCCCUGCGCCGUCGCCGUCCACCACCUCCCAUAGAACGCUAAGCCCCCUUCGUCCAUCACUAAUCCUUGUCUGGUAAGCGCUAAGCCUCAUCGAGAGGGGUAUACCUCCUCUCCAACGCGCCACCAUUGGCUCCACGC